AUGAGAUCUCCAGUGUUUGUUUUCUUUCUGACAUGUCUGUUAUUGGGACAGAAAAUGGCUCAGAUGACUGAUGUGAAAUUCUCCUCAUCUGUUCGUCAAGACAGAGGUUUUGUAUCUGUUAAUACUGGGGACAAUUUGACUUUGCAAUGUUUCUAUGAAGGUGAUGUUGCAGCAAGGUUUUACUGGUAUAAGCAAACUCUAGGACAGAAACCAAGAAUUAUCUCUACCUACUACAAGUAUGAAAGGAAUGGCACCUUUCAUGAUGAAUUAAAGAACAAUCCACGUUUCACACUGGAUAUUGAAACUGGUAAAAAUCACUUGAAGAUCACAGAUUUGCGCAUCUCGGACUCAGCGACUUACUACUGCAUAAGUGGCUAUUCACAUGUGUAUGAAUUUUUAGAGAGCAUUAUUGUCAAUGUAAAGGGUUCGGGUUUGAACAUUCAAGCUUCGGUCCAUCAGUCGGCAUCUGAGAGCAUCCAGCCAGGAGGCUCUGUGACUCUGAACUGUACAGUACACACUGGGACCUGUGAUGAUGAAGAACACAGUGUUUACUGGUUCAAAAACUCUGAAGAAUCUCAACCAGGAAUCAUUUACACACAUGGAGGCAGGAAUGAUCAGUGUGAGAGGAACAACAACACACAAACACACACCUGUGUCUACAACUUGCCAAUGACGAGUCUGGAUCUUUCUCAUGCUGGGACCUACUACUGUGCUGUCGCCUCAUGUGGACAGAUAGUGUUUGGAAACGGGACCAAGCUGGACUUUGAGCAUGAGGUGGAUUCUCUUGUCUUGGUGUAUUUCUUGAGUGGAGCUUUGACAUUCACCACCAUCCUGGUUGUUUUAUUGGCUUUCUCGGUGUAUGUGAUCUACAAAAGAAACAGCAGCCAGUGUAAAGAGUCUCAGGUGAGAUUUUCAGCUCCCUCCACAUCAAAUGCAGAGGGUCACCAAAAUGAAGAAAACAUCCAUUAUGCAGCUCUAGGGGAGCACAAGAUCAACAGAUCUAGAAGACAGAGGAACAACACCGAGACUGAAUGCGUGUACUCAAGUGUAAAGCAGUAGAACUGUACAAGUUUUAUAUUUGUUGCAGUUUAACAAGAGAUGCCUUUAUUAGUGUUUUUAGCAAACCCCUAAGACAAUGAGGUCAUACUUCUAGUAACUAUAGGAUGAAGCUGCAUGAAGUGUUGCAUUUCUAACUAUUUUAACUACUUUCCAUAAUUCCCAGAGUUAUACUGAUUCAACCAGUUAUUUUUGAGGAUGUACACUCACUGAGCAC